UCUAUGUUUAUUACUCUAUGCAAUUUACUCAUCACGCAUGGAACAUAGAUCGUUACAAAUUGUCAAACUGAAGUGAUAACCAAAAUGCCAACACAAAAUGUCCAAUCCCAACCAUCCCUUAUCGGAGAUUUUAGCGAACAAUGCUAGAAUCUGCUCCCUCGAAGUCUCCAGCAACAGACCCUUGGAUUACAAUGUUCUAAAUAAAAUGAAAUACACGUUCUGCUCCAUCGUUUGGAUAGGGAAUUACAACAAAGCCCCGGAUCAAGUGGGACCUCUAGCUCUGGCCAAGGAAAUGAUCGGCAAGGGGAUCACAGUGAUCCUUCACUUCACCUGCAGAAACAAUACCCUGAGUUCUUGCACUGCCAAUCUCGACUACGCCAAGCAGAUCGGUAUCAGGAACCUGAUGGUCGUCAGAGGAGCAAGUCCAGAGUGCAACCUGCCUGACAAAAAAUACGAUUUCACUCACACUCCGGAACUGUUGAAGUUCAUCAAGACACGGUACGGAGAUUAUUUCGAACUCUGCGUGGCUGGUUUUCCUUACAGACACCCGGAUUCAAAAGAUUUAGAGGACGAUAUGAAACAUUUGAAGGAGAAGAACGAUGCUGGUGCUAAAUUCAUAAUAACGCAAGCCUGUUUCUCGUAUGACGUUUACAAAGAAUUUCUGGACAACUGCAGAAAACACGAUUUCUGUUUCUUGCAGAAAUUGUGUAAGGUGCCGCAGAGUGAUCCUUUGGUGCAGAAAAUCAAGCAGAUGCGGGACAAUGAUAAGGAGAUCGCAGAGUUUGGAGCUAAGUCUUCUUUAGAAACGGUGAAGAAGUUGUUAGCCGAUAAGGAUUUUUGUCCUCCUCACCUUUACACGAUGGAUCAACUGGCUGCUAUCUAUGAAUUUCUUAACAUUUUGUAUGAACAUGAAUAACAUAUUUCAUUUCGGUUCAUAUAAUAAUCAUUAUAGUUUUAAGGAGGAUGUACGAAUGUUUUGUGUUUCAAUUCAUAAACUUGAGAUUGUAAAA